AUGCCGCCUCGUAAACCGCCAGUACCCUGGCAACCACCUGAGAGGCCUUGGUUACGCGUGAACAUCGACUUCGCUGGUACACUUGACGGAGUCUCCUACCUAAACUUGGUUGACGCCUACUCUAAGUGGCCCGAGAUUGCUCCGCUGAAUCCAGCAACCGCAUUUGCCACUAUCGCCUUCCUAAGACGCAUCUUUAACCAGCAUGGCUUACCAGAAGUCCUGGUAUCAGAUAAUGGAUCUCAGUUUACCUCGUCGACGUUUGAGGAUUUCUGCCGCCAGCACAACCUCCAGCAUCUUCGCUCACCGCCCUGCCAUCCUCAGUCUAACGGUCAGGCGGAGCAUUUUGCCGACACGUUUAAGAGAGCUCUCUUGAAAGCUCGUGGGGUGGGGACCACGGACGAGAUAACAGGACAACACCGAACCCGGCGUCCCCUGGUGGCGUUUCUCCUACCGAAACGUUGA